AUGACAACAGACAGUAUUCGCCCAAUCGAUAUUUCGUAUAGUUUACUCACACGAGUGGAUGGGAGCGCAAAAUUCAGCGCUGGUAAUUCUACAGUCUUGUGCUCAGUGACUGGCCCGGCAGAUGUUAGAAUACGAGAUGAAAAAUUAGACAAGGCAACUUUAGAUGUGAUAGUAAGACCCGCUGUUGGAGUCGCAGCCACAAAGGAAACAUCACUCGCAUAUAUUCUUCGCACAACAUUUGAGACUGUCAUUCUCUUAUCUCAUCAUCCACGCACACAGAUUCAAGUUGUGGCGCAGAUAAUAAGUGACGAUGGAAGUAUCAUAUCGCAUUUGAUAAAUGCGACUACUAUGGCUUUGCUCGAUGCGGGCGUUCCAAUGAAGGCGGUGGUUGUUGGCGUUGGUUCUCUUGUCGACGAUAAGGGAAGGAUAUCGAUCGACCCUACCGCCGAUGAAGUUGAAAAAGCUGUCUCGACGCAUAACUUUGCCUUCGAUAGUGUGUCGUUGGCAGUUCUAUACUCUGAAUCAACUGGCGUAUUUACAGAGGAACAAGUAAAGUCGGAUACACAUGAUUUGUGGUAA